CUCUCUCUCUUUUAUUUUUUUUUUCUACAUUCUUCAUAAAUGGGUACACUAUAUCUCCCUUCUAAAUCUUUAAUCAGGUUGAAAUCUUACUGACUUGACCUUAUAGAACAACAUCCAAAUGUACACGGAGGCACUGGUGUUCACGGUCGUCAUCCGAUGCAUCUCGUAGAAAAGAUCAUUCGUGAAAGAAUUCAAGAGUCAAUCUAUUGGAAAGAGAAAUGUUAUGGUCUAACAGCUGCAACAUUGAUGGAAAGAGCAGUAGAGAUUGAAUAUAUUGGAGGAACAUUUGGCAAUCUACAACCCACAGAGUUUUUAUGCUUGUUGCUGAAAUUACUACAACUAUUACCAGAAAGAGAGAUCAUUAUAGAAUACAUAAUGCAGGACGACUUUAAAUACUUGCGUGCGCUAGGCGCAUUUUAUCUACGACUUACAGGCAAAUCAGUAGAGAUUUACAAAUACCUUGAACCACUAUUACUUGAUUAUCGUAAGCUGCGAGUAAGAGGAAAAGAUGGUUACAGUAUAACAUACAUGGAUGUCUUCAUUGAUGAUCUAUUAACAAAGGAUCGUGUGUGUGAUAUUAUCUUACCACGUAUCAUGGCUAGACAUAUCCUGGAGCAAAAUGACGAAUUAGAACCAAGAUCAAGUCCACUAGAGGAAGAUUUGGAUGAUUAAGAAAUACAUACUACAAUUAUUCG